AUGGAUCAGCCCGCUAAGCUCGCUAUCGUGAUGAAGGUCAUCGGCCGGACUGGCUCUCGUGGCCAGGUCACCCAGGUGCGCGUGAAGUUCCUGGACGACCAGAACCGCCUCAUCAUGCGCAACGUGAAGGGCCCCGUGCGCGAGGGUGACAUCCUCACCCUCCUGGAGUCGGAGCGCGAGGCUCGCCGUCUCCGCUAA